AGAGAGGCGCAGGGAUACAGUAAAUAUAGAGGGAGGCAGGGACGUACAAUACUCUGCCAAUAGAGAUUUAUCUUUUCUGCUCUACUUCACUGACAACAAAUCAACACAGGUCGCUCGAUCCUUCCUGCCUCUCUCCUCUCCGCCACACACGCGCACACGCGCGCACAGUCAUAUGCACACUAUCGCAAGCCGUCGGCUUGCAUGCGUCCCUCCUCGCGCCGGCGGGUGGCCGCCUGGCUGCUCGCGCUGCCGCUGGGCAGAGGUGGGGAGGAAUACGCGCGCCGCGGCCGCCUGGAGAUGAUCUCGUUUUGGCUGCUGUGCUGGAAGCUGUUGAGAGCCACAGCUGGACUAAGGAGGACAACUCCAGAAUUAACUGACAGUAACCACGACAACGAUAACCCUGUGGAUGAUUUCUCCACUCCUACACAGCAAACAGAUCCAGUUGCCAUGGAGAUCAACUCCUCAUCAUCACUAACAGACCUGGAAAGAAACAACUCAUUUAGCUGCCACAGCCAGGAAGUAGAGAAGUUGCAGAACCAUGAGGUUGAUGGGGUGGAAGAAGCACAUAUAGAUGAAGAAUAUGGAAAGAGAGAUGGAGAUGAGUGUGACUAUCUGGUGUUUGAAAUAGGACAGUCAAAGGAAAAAGUGGGAGGGAGUCACAAUGGAGCACGACAGACAGAAAAGAAGAAAGAAGGUGACGAUAGAGGAAGGGAAGAAAUAGAGGCAGAGAAUAGACAAGAAGAAAAAAUAGAAAGAACAGGUGGAGUAAGAGGAGACAUAGAGGGAGAAGAAGAAUGGAGAGAACCAGAGGAAGUUGAACAAAAGAAAACCACAAUAAUGCAAGAAGACGGAUAUGAGGAAGAUGAAACACAACAUUGUGGGAGAAGAGAAAUAAGUGGGGGGGAAAAAGAAGGGUAUGAAGGAGACAGUAGAGAAGCAGAGAUAGAAGAUGGAGGAAGAGGAUACACAAAGCUUGUCUGCAUCUCUGACAGCCCUCUGUGCUCUUCCUCAUCAGAACCUCUCAGUGUCACAUCCGAUUCUUCAGAGCCACCAGUAGCGGCCAUGUGGCAGGAAACCUGUGCUCACAACCUUAGCAACAGAGACGAUCUCAGCGACAGUCACCUCAGUGAGUGCCUACAGGCCGAACUAGCUGUUGUGUACUCGGACAGUGACACUGGGGAGGAGCAGUGGCUUGAUGUCACCAAACAGGAGGAAGGAGGUGGAAGAAACUGUAAUGGUGAAAAAAGACAAGAAGACCAGUGUGAAGACAUAGUUACUGGACCAGAGGAGCUGAGAGCUGAGGAAAGCAGAAAAGAAGGAGUUAGUGAUGAGGAAGCAAUGAAGAUGAGAAGAGAUCUGUUUCUCCGCUCGCCUUCUGUCAGUUCCAUAGCCAGCUCCACGGAUCCUGACAGGAGGCUUCCUGUAGAUUUCUGUGUUCACCAAGAAACCCACAGUGAAAAUGUGUCCACUGAGCAUGUAGACUUCCUGUUGGCCCGCCAGCAGUGGAAAAAGAUGGAGGAGGAGGUCAAAGGCCAGCCUAUCCCUAAACCAGGGCUCAUUGUUCAGGGGAGCUUCCAGGGAACCUACACAUCUCUGUACCCCCCCAGUCGCAGCCCCCGACUCAAACACAGGGAAAUUUGUCCAUCAGAGUCCAGGGAGCCUUCCCUGUCCCUCACUCUUUCUCCCAGUUCAGAGGACUCAGGCCUGGAUGACUCACUACACCGCAUCCCCCUAGAGGAGCCAGAGAGUGCUGUGGAGAGAGAGAUCCGACUAACACUGGAGAGAGAAGAAAAGCACAGAAGAGAGAGGGGGAUGAUUGUACAGGGCCUCGGUCCACCCAGACAAUCCACACUUCACACAGGACGCUCUCCACCCCGACCUCCAGCCUGCCGCACCCCCACUCUGUCCAUCUCUCCUUCCCCUUCAUGCUCCUCUUCUCUUUCCAAAUCUGUCUACCAUGAAAUGACAGCCAAUAACGUCAUCAUCCUGGAGCCUGACUCCUCCAGUUCAGCUUCCAGAAACCGCCUGCUGUCCUCUGCUAUUGGAGGCCUGUCUGAUUGGCCAGCGAACCCAGAUGCAGUGUCCUCCACCAAUGUCAUUGUAGUUGAAACGUCCAACCUGAUCAUUCGAAGCGCUUCUGAGUUCUGCCUAAGCUCUCCUCCUUUGACAGUGGAAACACAGGAGAGCACGUUCUCAUCGAAUCCAUUCUUUAAGCUACGAUCUCUUAGUAGCCAAUCACUGGUUGAGCAGGAAAUUCGGAUGGUGAGGCAGAGGGAGGCAGAGUGGAGGAGGCAGAGGGAGGAGAUGUGGAGGAGGAGAAAAGAGGAGGAGUGGAGGAGAGGACGAGAGGCAUACGACACUGUGCUGGUGUCUCCGAGCCUGAGUGAUAACAUCACCUACAAAGUUCCAGAGGUUCCCGACAGAUGUGUUUCCUCCCCUUCUUCUCCUUUGAGGACACGCAAAAUGGAACGAUCCAGUUUGUCUUGUGACCACAAGUAAAAACUAUCCAGUAAUCAACCCAUAAUGAAACUAUUCAUCCAUUCAUACAUCCUGGAUCAAGUGCUUCAGCAGAAUGUCCCCUCCCCCCAGUUUCCCCCCAUCCUCUCUUCGGUGCCAAGAAGACAGAACACCAUGGCAGAACGAUGGGAGGCCUCCCUGUUAGCCAAUCAGAAAAAGGAGUGACCUGCAGCAGCUGUGUAAAAGCCAAAAAGUCCCACAUACCGAACUCAUCAGUACUUUGUCUAAAAGCUCUUGAUGGGCCUGUGUGACAGCCUGUUUCUUGAUUAAAGCUGUGACUUACUAAGUCUGCGUUUAUGGUUGUAAAGAGGAGUGUUUCUUUCAGUGAGUGAGCGUGAAGAUACAUCAUUUAUUGAUUGAAAACUGUGACUGUCUGACAGAUUCUUCAGCUUUACUUGUAGACUAGAGGCAUGUUUUCUCUGAGGUGUUCAGCAAUCAUAUUAAUACCAGAGUUUGAGAUUUUUAAAUGCAUGUGCUAUGUACAAUGAAAAUACUGUAAGUUGUAUUCUCCCUUAAAGUUUUCUAUAUACAGCACUUUGACUCCUAGACUUUAAUAACUUAUGGCACUGGUAAACUAAGAUUUGCAGAUUUUUAUUCUUGUGCCUGUUUGUAAUUCAGUGAUUUGAAAAUAUUUUUAAUUUUAGAGCUUUAUUUUUUCUGUAUAUUAUAAAGUGACACAUCUGCAGCAAUAGCUUCUAUAGGGUUUUAAUAUGCAAAGAAGAAGAAAAUUUGGUUCUUUUCAAUUAGCAAUUCAUGCAUUUGAAGUGCCAGCAAGACUCUAGACUGAAAGGUUCUAAUUAUACAUUUCUAUGGAGGUGCAGCUUUCACUGCUGGAUACACUGGUUUAUAUAGAUGGAUGGCUGAUAGACAAAUGGUGGAGUACAGGGCGCACGACACAGAUCAUAAUGAAAACCCAAGUCCAUUUUUAAAGCUAACAUAUUCCGCUAGAUUCCUGUACUUGAUACUUGUAAUUAUAUUUAUUUAUUAUACUCCAACAUAUAUUUGUAACAGCAUUUCUCCAGUAUUUGGAGAACGAAGCCACAGAAUGUUUUAAUUGUGUUUAUUUCACCUCUAUCAAUAAAUCCUCGCUUACUCUGUGCACAACCUAACCUGACUCUUUAUACGCGACAACUCACAUAUAAUUGCUACUUGGCUUAAAGCUAAUGCCUAUACUGUUAUGUUCACUGAUUUUACAUGGAUGUCACUAACAUUAUACAGUAACUGUCCUUCCUGCCUGUUGUGGAGCAGAUUGUUGCAUCCUCUUACUCUUGUUGUGGCUGAAUGAUUAAAUUAUUAAGAGAAUGAGACAUUUUAAGGUCUUCUGAAUUUUUAAAAUAUUUUUAUGUCCUGUUUUGUUUCCUGAAAAAAUAGAUUUAUUGUAUUGUAUUUUUGCUGCAUAUAACCUAUUUCUUAAUUCAGCUAUGCUAAUAUAUCUGUAGGCUUGUAAAGAGAUUUAUAAUAAGGGGCAAAUGACUAUUUGUAAUUGAAAGUCUGACUUGUGUUCUCUACAGAGAUGAUGUUUGUGAGAUGUGUGUGUUCAUUCAUCUAUUAAUGAAUUUGGGUCUUACUUAGUUUAGUUUCUAGUCUCAGCAAUGGUUGGUUUCAAUAAGUUAAACCUGACUCAGUGAUGGAACAGAGGUGCAUUGUAAAAUUAGUAAAAUAUUAAGGUAGGCUGAACUAAUCUGAACCCACCAAGCUUUAAAGCUCAAGGUUGUUGCAGAUGUUGCCGCCUGAGUGUUGAAACCUGACUUGUCAUUACUGUAUGUUUCUAUGUUAGCUAUAUUGUAUGGUAGUAUAUAUUACAUCCUUCUAUAAACCAGUGAUUGUCCUGCGGUGUAUCCACAUCCACAAUCUUAUUGACUAUUUAAACAACUUUACAGUAUUAUUAUGGAACACACAUUUUUCUGGUUCUGCUUUUGUUUGUUUGUUUAUUUGCCUUGUGUUUCAGUCAUUUGUUAUUGCUACAGUACAUUAAAUGUCUGGUGGUGACAUCUUCAAUAAAGCCUUCUUAAACCUA